AUGCUGUCACUAACGGAGUCAAAGGUUACGUUUCUUGCUCCGAAAAGCACCAACGUCUCCUCGUCGGUAGAACCCAUGGUGCCGAAACUGGACUCGGUUUUGGCCAACAAGGUGCCUUCGGACUCGCUUUUUUCCAAGUCAGCUUUUUCCAAGUUUUUGCUCAACAAACACUGUCUAGAGAACCUUGAGUUCUACCAGUCGCUUCAGCUAUUUAUCGAAAACCAUAAUACUGAUAGCAACGUGUGGAAGAUACUCUACGAGGAGUACUUCGAGAACAACGCCUCAAGCGAGAUCAAUCUCCCUGGAGACUUGAAAGCUGGGCUUUCGGGGUCUACGAUACCCGACAUCAGUCUUUUGCAGAGAUUUCUCUCCAUAACGAAACAUUAUCUACACGACUCCUACCAGGAAUUCACCAGACAGGUGAUAGAAAAAAUGUUUGUUACGGUAGAAUCCUCGUCGGAAGAAGACGAUACGUUGGAGCGGGACGAGACUAACGAGCACGCGCCCGGCAAAACACAGAGAAACCAAAGCUUCUCCUCUAUCUCCUCCGCUAAGAGCGGCUCAGGGUCGUCCUGGGCAAAGUGGGGCAAGAAAUUACGCUGGCGUAGAAGCUCUUCUGUCUCCGAUUGA